UUUUCCCUGCCCUGAAUUCUUAUUACAGGUUUUCCUUGCUCUUAUCCAUUUGUUAGAAUGUAGCUCCUUAUAUACUUGAGUAUCAACACAUAUACACACAUAAACUAACAAACUAGGCAGCCAGUAGAGAAAGAAACCAAAAUAACAAACAUAAGCGAUGGAAUCGAGAAACUUCAUCCGCUUCCUCUUAAUCUUUCUAAGUGGUUCUCUUCUCUUACUCUUCACCUGGAUUAACCUCCCCUACACUCCACCACCGCUCACUUCCACCACUGACUUUCUCGACUCAUGCGCCUCCAAUUCCCGUUGGUGCACCCGCUUCCAACAACCCAAGAACAUCCUCAAGAAACCCCCGAAACCCACGCGCCACCGCCACGAAUCAGACCUUCCUACCCACCCUUUAGACCCCUUAACCAUCCAAGAAUUCAACAAAGUCCGUACAAUCCUAAAAUCACACGACCUUUUCAAAUCAUCUCCUUUCUCUCUUCACUCCGUAGUCUUGGAGGAGCCCGAGAAAACCCUUGUUCUCAAAUGGCGAAAAGGAGACCCCAUGUUACCGAGAAAGGCAGAAGUCAUCGCACGUGUCAACGGCCAAUCACACGUGCUCACGGUUGACAUAAACACAAGCGAUGUUGCUGUACAAGAAACCAAUCCUCUCUCUGGUUAUCCGACCAUGACAAUAGAGGACAUGACUACAGCAACAUGGGCUCCAUUAUCUAACGCUGAUUUCAACCGUACGAUCAUUGACCGAGGUGUCGAUCUUAAGGACUUGGCUUGCUUGCCUAUUUCUUUAGGUUGGUUUGGCAAGAAUGAAGAGAACAAGAGAUUGAUCAAGGUACAGUGCUACUCCAUGAAAGGCACUGCAAAUUUCUAUAUGAGACCAAUAGAAGGUUUGACUGUAUUACUUGAUAUGGAUACUAAAGAAGUGGUGGAGAUAUCGGAUAAAGGCAAGAAUAUACCUAUACCAAAGGCUGCCAACACAGAUUAUCGUUAUUCUUCUGUAGAUGUCAAUCAAGAAAAGCAACUGAUCAAUCCUAUUUCUAUAGAGCAACCAAAAGGACCGAGUUUUACUGUAGAAGAUGAGCAUAUGGUGAAAUGGGCAAAUUGGGAAUUUCAUCUCAAACCCGACCCGAGAGCUGGUGUGAUAAUUUCUAGUGCCAGAGUCAAGGACCCGGAUAGUGGAGAGAUAAGGAAUGUUAUGUACAAAGGGUUCACUUCAGAAUUAUUUGUGCCUUAUAUGGACCCUACUGAUGCAUGGUAUUUUAAGACUUAUAUGGAUGCGGGUGAAUAUGGGUUCGGGUUACAGGCCAUGCCACUUGACCCACUUAACGAUUGUCCCCGGAAUGCCUAUUACAUGGAUGGUGUUUUUGCGGCGGGUGAUGGGACUCCGUAUGUCCGGUCAAACAUGGUUUGCAUAUUCGAGAGUUAUGCUGGUGACAUUGGGUGGCGGCACGCUGAAAGUCCGAUUACAGGUAUGGAGAUUAGAGAAGUGAGGCCAAAGGUGACGCUUGUGGUUAGAAUGGCAGCGUCAGUAGCAAACUACGACUACAUAGUUGAUUGGGAGUUCCAGACUGAUGGCUUAAUCAGAAUUAAGGUUGGACUUAGUGGGAUUUUGAUGGUGAAAGGCACAUCAUACGAGAACAUGAAUCAAGUGACUGGCCAAGAAAAUCUCUAUGGCACUCUAUUAGCAGAAAAUGUUAUCGGUGUCAUUCAUGAUCAUUACAUCACAUUUUACCUUGACAUGGACAUAGAUGGCUCCGAUAAUUCUUUUGUGAAGGUAAAUAUCCACAGGCAACAGACUUCACCCGGAGAAUCCCCAAGAAGAAGCUACUUGAAAGCUACAAGAAAUGUUGCUAAGACAGAAAAGGAUGCACAGAUUAAGCUCAAACUUUAUGAUCCCUCCGAGUUUCAUGUGAUUAACCCAACUAAAAAAACUCGGGUGGGAAACCCCGUCGGGUAUAAGGUGGUUCCUGGUGGCACUGCCGCUAGUUUGCUUAAUCAUGAUGAUCCUCCACAGAAACGUGGAGCAUUUACAAAUAAUCAGAUAUGGGUCACCCCAUAUAAUCGGACAGAGCAAUGGGCGGGUGGGCUAUUUGUUUAUCAGAGUCACGGAGAAGACACUCUAGCAGUUUGGUCUGACAGGGAUCGUCCAAUUGAGAACAAGGACAUUGUGGUGUGGUACACACUAGGAUUCCAUCACAUACCAUGCCAAGAGGAUUUCCCUAUAAUGCCAACAGUAUCUUCCAGCUUUGAUUUAAAGCCGGUGAAUUUCUUUGAAAGCAAUCCUAUUCUUCGGAUCCCGCCUAAUGUCGAGAAAGAUUUGCCUGUUUGCAGGCCCUUUGAUACUGCUUGAGGGUCCAAAUAUGCCUAUGUUCUUUUUGUAAAAGUUUAUGCACCACAUAGUUGAUGUUAAGAAAAAUGAUGUCUGUAGUGUAUGCAAGCCCUGCUACUGUGGACUGUACAAAUUGCUAGUGCUAACAACAAUCGGUGUUAUCAGAAUAAAUAAGAUAUAAAAACGAUGGUCACUCAUUUAUGACUA